AGCACCUUCCAGGCCAGGCCAGGCGUCCCUCACAACUCGGGGAGAAACAGCGCCUAAACCGAGGCGAGAGCGGGGCAAAUCACCUCCUCCCUCUCCCGCCUCAGUCCUGCCUUGUUCCCCGCCCACUUUCCCUUCCUCUUCCGCCGCCGCCAUCUCAGGGCGGGCCUCGGCGAGGCCUCCCGCCUUCUCUGAGGAGAGAGGCUGCUGCUCGCAGGCGUGGCCCGCCAUCAUGUCCCGCUACACGCGGCCCCCCAACACUUCCCUCUUCGUCAGGAACGUGGCCGACGCCACCAGGCCUGAGGAUUUGCGCCAUGAAUUUGGUCGGUAUGGCCCCGUAGUAGACGUGUACGUUCCGCUUGACUUCUACACAAGACGCCCAAGAGGAUUUGCUUAUAUACAGUUUGAAGAUGUUCGUGAUGCAGAAGACGCUCUUUAUAACCUGAAUAGAAAGUGGGUAUGUGGCCGGCAAAUUGAAAUACAGUUUGCACAAGGUGAUCGCAAAACACCAGGUCAGAUGAAAUCCAAGGAGCGUCGCCAGUGUUCACCAGUGGACUACCGAAGGUCAAGAAGCCGCAGCCGAAGAAGGACCCGAAGCAGAAGUACCUCGUGGGACUGGGGCAGGAGACACUCGGACAGUUUUAGAGAGUCAAGGCGUAGACGACAUUCUUACAGCCAAUCUAAGUCUCGCUCAAAAUCUCUUCCAAGGCAUUCUAGCUCACCAAGACGAUCGAUCACACCCCAAAGAAAUUCGAGUCCCAGGAGAAGGUCGCGGUCAAAGUCCAACCAGAGGAGUUCAAAGUAUGCUGAAAAAUCACCAUCCAGGUCCCAUCGAAGGCGUUCCGGUUCAAGAACAAAGUCACGAUCGCACCCAAAGCAUUCAGGAUCUCCAACUAGAUCUCUGUCGAAGUCUCCUCGGAAACAUAGUAAUUCCAGUUCUCGUUCAUACUCUCGGAAUUUCUAUCAGAGAAAUAGUAACCAGUCAGUAUCUGAAGAAGAUUAAUGUCUCUGGGUUUUUUUAUGACAGUUUUAUGAGCAAAGAAUAAAAAGAGCAAAAAUCUCCGAGGGUUGUUUGAAAUGAAAGGUAAUUAACUGGUGAUGGCCUUGUUGUGUUGUCCUUUUGCUUCAAUAUGCAAAACUCUAAGAUUUCUCUUACUUUUAAAGAAAAUUUGAUUUUCUCUUUUAUUUACUCUUUAUGUUCCCCUCAUUUUUGUAAAUUGGCCCCAUUUUGUCCAGUUGUACAGUUUUUGCAGCUACGCUAAAAUGGUUUAUUUGUUUAAAUCAGACUGUUGUUACUGUCUUGACGCUGCCAAAACCUAAAGAUAUUACAAUUGUGCAUUGGCUGGAAGCUGUGCAGAGAGCCUUUCUAGUUUGAUGGGAAGAGCCAUACAGUCUGUUUAUCGUUCACAGUGUAAUUAUAAUAUAAACAAGGGUUUUUCACUUGAGUGUAUUUUCACUUGAGGUAGGAUUGGACCUGCUAUAUUCCAGUUCACAACUUUUCUUGUCUUUGUUUUCUUGUGGUACUGAGAAUAUAAAAUUCUAUUUUGAAGAUAGCCCUUCUUAGAUGUUCCUCAAUUAGGUCUUAAUACUGAAGUUAGCUGGUCUGUUAUCAAGAUACAGAAGUAGUUCAGAAUUUGUGUAACAUAGGAGUAGUCUGAGUCUCACAUUUGUCAGACUGUCAUUUAUUAAGAUGUAGCCUAUAUUAAAAAAGAAACAUAGCAGUUUCCCUUUCAUCUUCCACAUUGUCUAAACUUUAUAUACACCAGCUUCCAAAUCCAGAGAUCUCUGAGCUCAUAAGUAUUUUUGGAUCUCCUCUUUCCCUGCCAAAUUAAGGAUUGGUAGGAGGAGGAAAGAGUGCCCUGGUAUCCUUCCUUUAUUGUAAUAAAAAAAUGUGGAAUGUUUGUGUUGAUUUUUAAACUACGUAAACCAGAGGCACAGAACCAGAGGUAAGAAGUGGUAUAUUUUAGCUUGAUCUAAACUUGGAGCAGAAUGAAGUGCAAAUGAAGAGGUAAAAUACAUUCUAAAACAUAUGAUAAUGCAUUGAAAUGCUUCUCUAGAAAUGGGACACCACCUCAGAGACAAAAAUCUUAAACUAAAAUCUUGCUUCUUCCUGUGCUCAUGCCCUAUUCCUAGCAAGUCUUUAAGGUAAGAGAAAACUAAUGUGUGAUCAUCCACACAUUUUCUUGUGGAUGUAAAAAACGUCUUUGUUUCUGUUCCACAAUCCUGUAGAGAGAAUGAUCCUGUUGUCAGCUAGUGGAUCAACAAUAAUGCCCAUUACUAGGCAAAUCCAAAUAGCUUUGGACAUUUAAAAAUGAUAAUUGGUUAUAUAAGGUCAUUUUGUCAUCACUGUAAUAUAAGUUGUUAGACACAUGUUUUUCAAGUAUGUUGGAAUGCUUUUGUGAAAGACUCUUAAAACAGUUAACUUUGUAGUGUGAACUUUCAGUUUAUUGCAUUAUAUCCUUUCAAAAUAUUAUAUUAGGAGAGAAGUGUAAAAUACACUUUAGGUCAUUCAUUUUUCAAAAUUGUGUAUCCCUGGGACUGUCUUUAACAAUUGAACUGCUGAAUUUAAAAUUAUUAUUAUUAGAUUGUUUUAACUCACGUAACUGAGGGAAUUUUGGAAAUAUUUUGUGUUUAAAUAUACGGUAGCUGUAGUAUUUGUUACCUUGUACAAGUUCUGCAUUGUAGCACAAUACUAUAAUGGCAGUAAAAUGAGGUUUCACUUCAUAAGCAAGAAUACAGUUUUGUGUUCAGGGCUAUUGUUAGUUUAUAACUUAAGAGUUUUUUUUUUUCAAUAAAACACUUGAUGUUUCUUUUC